ACUUGACAUAAGACCGUUAAGUUACUAUUUUUUGCUAUUAUUUUUUAUUGUUAGGUUUUUCUGUAGGGUUUAAGGGGUUAAGUACUUACAGGAAGAGGGAAAAGAGAGAGAGGAUAAGAUAAAGUUGUGGUCUUUCUCAUAUACACACAGAUCCCUAUGGAAUGAAUGGGAGCUCCGCAGCAUUGUUUGCUGGUAUUCAUUCGUUCUGUUUAGUUUGAAAAGAACAGAAUUGUAUUUCUCUGUUUGUGUGUGUGAGAAAGAGAUAGAAAGUUGCAUAGAUAAAAGAGUAUUUGUUCUUCGUAGGGAACAAAAGAAACCGUGUUUUCAAGUUGAGGGGUGCAAUGGAUUUUGGUAUGAUUAGCUUAUUUUCUCCUCAAUGAUUGAUUCCCCCUGCUAAAAAAAUUUCUGUAAGUAAUAAAAAGUAAGAGAGAGUGGGAGAAGAUGAAGACUUUGAAUGAUAGUAACAGUGGCAGCAGUAAUACUUGGUUGGGUUUUUCUUUAUCACCUCACAUGAAAAUGGAGAUCCCUACUAACCAUCAUCAGCAACACCCAGCUUCCCCUGCUGCUGCUGUUCCUGCCAGCUUCUACCUCUCUUCUCACCUCAACAGCACUGGAAUCUGUUAUGGUGUAGGAGAAAAUGAAAGCUUUCAUGCUCCAUUGUCUGUUAUGCCAUUAAAGUCAGAUGGGUCUCUUUGCAUCAUGGAAGCUUUCACUAGAUCACAAACAGAAGGGAUUGUGCAAAAUUCAUCCCCAAAACUAGAGGAUUUUCUUGGUGGUGCAACAAUGGGAGCUCAUCAAUAUGAAAGCCAUGGGAGAGAAACAAUGGCUCUGAGCUUAGACAGUAUGUAUUAUCACCAAAAUGCAGAGCAGGAAACCAACCGGCAUCAUUCCCUGGACCUUCUUCAAGAACCAUUUCGGGGGCAAGACCCAACUUUCUCCCUUCAAAACCAUUCUGGCAGCAUGUAUUAUUCCGGCCUGGCUUGCCAGAUGUACCAGGCUCCAUUGGAGGAUGAGACCAAGAAUGUCGAACUCACAGACUGCGACUCCCAAAUCCCUCAAAUGGGGGAAGAUGCAAUGCCUUGCUUGAAAAACUGGGUUAACAGGCACUUCUCUCCUCAUACUCCCUUAGAGCAGCAGAUGAACAAUGGCAUGAUCGAAGACGGCGGAGGUUCUGGCUCUAUGAGUGCAAUGGGUUGUGGGGAUUUACAGUCCCUGAGUUUAUCAAUGAGCCCUGGCUCUCAGUCUAGCUGCGUCACUGCUCCACGGCAGAUCUCACCCACUGCCGCUGAAUGCUCCGCCGUGGAAACGAAGAAGAGAAUGGUCGGAAAAACGGGUCAGAAACAGCCUGUUCAUAGGAAAUCUAUUGACACAUUUGGUCAGAGAACAUCUCAAUAUAGAGGCGUCACAAGACAUAGAUGGACGGGAAGAUAUGAAGCUCAUCUGUGGGAUAACAGUUGCAAGAAAGAAGGGCAAACCAGAAAAGGGAGACAAGUUUAUCUGGGGGGUUAUGAUAUGGAGGACAAAGCUGCUCGAGCUUAUGAUCUUGCUGCCCUCAAAUACUGGGGGCCUUCAACUCACAUAAAUUUUCCGUUGGAAAAUUAUAGAGAAGAAUUGGAAGAAAUGAAGAACAUGAACCGCCAGGAAUAUGUUGCCCAUCUAAGGAGGAAAAGCAGUGGGUUCUCCAGAGGAGCCUCAAUAUACAGAGGGGUUACAAGGCAUCAUCAGCAUGGGAGAUGGCAAGCUAGAAUUGGCAGGGUAGCAGGGAACAAGGACCUUUAUCUGGGCACAUUUAGCACCCAAGAGGAGGCAGCUGAGGCCUAUGACAUUGCCGCGAUCAAGUUUCGUGGUGUGAAUGCUGUGACUAAUUUUGACAUUACAAGGUAUGAUGUUGAGAAGAUUAUGGCAAGCAAUUCGUUGCUUGCAGGGGAGCUUGCUCGGAGAAACAAGGAGGCAGAAUCGACCAAUGAGGUUGUUAAGUACAGUACACCAUCACAGAACAAUGGGGAAGCUAUUCAGUCUGAAAGUAACAAUGGGAAUGGUUCAGAUUGGAAAAUGGCCUCGUAUCAAUCACCUCAGGAACAACAGCCAAAUGUUGGUUCUGUUGAAUCUAUGGAUCAGAAAUCUUUAGGGAAUGGAAAUUAUCGGAAUGCGAGUUUCUCAAUGGCACUGCAGGAUCUCAUGGGGAUUGAUUCAGUUAACUCUAGCCAGGCAGUUGUCGAUGAAUCCACUAAGCAACUAGGAACUCAAUUUUCAAACCCUUCUUCCUUGGUGACAAGUCUAAGCAGUUCAAGGGAAGGCAGCCCUGAUAAAACCGGCUCCACUAUGCUCUUUGCCAAGCCUCCACUAGCUUCAAAGUUCAUCUGCCCCUCCCCAGGCGUCAGUUCCUGGUUCCCAACAGCCCAGUUAAGGCCUUCAGCUGCAAUCUCCAUGGCAGCUCACUUGCCGGUGUUUGCUUCUUGGAAUGAUACCUAAACCAAAAAACUGUAUCAUGUUUUGCAUGAGCAAGAGAAAGGCAAGAAACAAAGUGGGGUUAGGGGAAAAGGCAGAUGGGUUAAGAUUUUGUUAAUGUCUCCUUUUAGGUGUAGUUAGUGGAGGGAAUUGAGGGGAGGGGCCAGUUAUGUCUGUUGCUAAAGUUUAGUGAAACUUUUUUCAAAACUGACCCUUUUGGAUCAAAUCAGAUGUAAUGAAAAUGAAAAUUUAAU